GUAGGCUAGUAAGUUUAAUACUGGAGAAAAUCAGCACUCAAAGAGCUCUCACUCUUACUGGGCAAUGAUGAGUGAUCGCAGGCCCCCUAGCACGCGCAUUCUUUGGCCUGAAGACUUCUUCUAGAAAAGUUCCAGUCACAAAUGCAUACGUGAUGCAUUUUGACAUUUACUGCUAAGAUGAAAUGCAGAAACGAAAACCACCCAUCCAUUUUAUUAGUCUCAGAUGUGAUUAGAUGUCCUUUAUCAGGUUUUUAUGCUACUGACCUGUAAAAAAUAAAAUAAAAAAAACACUAAAGAAGGGCAACAGCACAGCUAGGACCUGCACCCUCGGGACUUCUGGGGUGAUCUGGACCCUCACAAACAGAGAUUUUAUUGCAGCGUAUUAUUGCAGCAUAUUCACUCCUCCUCUGAGCCCUCAGCCUGGGUUCAUACACAUUUCCUUCACUGGCCGUUGUCACCAGACACUCGCCCUUCCAGGAUGGCGAACAGUCUCCCUGCGGAGUUUGAUGUGGUCGUUAUAGGGACAGGUUUGCCUGAAUCCAUCCUUGCCGCCGCUUGUUCAAGAAGUGGUCAGAGGGUCCUCCAUCUCGAUGCGAGAAGUUACUAUGGAGGAAACUGGGCCAGUUUCACCUUUUCUGGGUUGCUUUCCUGGUUGAAGGAGAAUCAGCAAAGCAGUGACGUCGGGGACGGGAGCACUGCUGCGUGGCAAGACCUGAUCCGGGAAACAGAAGGAGCAAUCUCCCUUCGGAGGAGGGACGAAACCAUUCAGCACGCAGAAGUGUUUUGUUACGCCGGUCAGGAUGUGGGUGACAACAGUACUGAAGAGACUGAGGAUUUGCAGAAAAGUCCUUCCUUUGCAGCAUCUGGUACCCUCACUAAACCUUUGGAUGCUGCAUGCCUGGCUGAAGAAACACACUCAUACGUUACCAGCUUCGAAAUGCCUGCCAAAGAUACUCCAAACAACGAUGGGGAAGCCUUACUGGAAGUAACUGAUACAAAGGAAACUCAGGUGAAAGAGAAAAAAUACCAUGGAGAUGAAACUUGUGUACACACGGUUUCAGACAGAGAUAAAGACGAAAACAAACCUGUAGUAGAAGGCAACACUGAUCCACCAAAGGGAAACAGGAUUACUUACUCUCAAAUAGUUCAAGAAGGCAGGAGGUUUAAUAUUGACUUGGUGUCAAAGUUGCUGUAUUCGCGAGGAUUGCUGAUUGAUCUUUUAAUCAAAUCAAAUGUCAGUCGCUAUGCCGAAUUUAAAAAUGUCACUAGGAUUCUUGCUUUUCGAGAAGGAAAAGUGGAACAGGUGCCUUGCUCCAGAGCAGAUGUCUUCAAUAGCAAAGAACUCACUAUGGUGGAAAAGAGGAUGCUAAUGAAGUUUCUUACAUUUUGUUUAGACUAUGACCGGCAUCCUGAUGAAUACCAGGAUUCCAUCCAGUGCUCUUUCGCAGAGUACUUGCACACUAAAAAACUAACCCCCAACCUCCAGCAUUUUAUACUGCACUCCAUCGCAAUGACAGAGCCAUCCUGCACCACACUAGACGGCCUUAAAGCAACAAAAAAGUUCCUUCAGUGUCUUGGGCGGUUUGGCAACACUCCGUUUUUAUUUCCCUUGUACGGCCAAGGGGAAAUUCCCCAGUGUUUCUGCAGAAUGUGUGCAGUGUUCGGUGGAAUCUACUGUCUUCGCCAUCAAGUGCAGUGCCUUGUGGUGGACAAAGAAUCCAGAAGGUGCAAAGCAAUUAUCGAUCACUUUGGCCAAAGAAUAAAUGCUGAGCAUUUCAUUGUGGAGGAUAGCUCCCUUUCUGAGGACACAUGCGCGAAUGUGCAGUAUAAGCAGAUCUCCAGGGCAGUGCUCAUUACGGAUCGAUCUGUACUGAAGACAGAUUCAGAUCAGCAGAUUUCCGUCUUGAUGGUGCCUCCAGCGGAACCAGGGACGUGUGCCGUCCGGGUCACUGAAUUGUGUUCUUCAACUAUGACGUGCAUGAAAGACACCUAUCUGGUACAUCUGACCUGUUCGUCUUCUAAAACAGCAAGAGAAGACCUGGAACCAGUGGUGAAGAAGUUGUUCACCCCAUGGGUUGAAACGGAAGUAGACGAGGAAGAACUUACAAAGCCAAGGCUCUUGUGGGCCCUUUAUUUUAACAUGAGAGACUCCUCGGGAAUCCGCAGGAGCUCCUAUAAUGGCUUACCUUCCAAUGUGUAUGUCUGCUCUGGGCCUGACUGGGGGCUGGGAAGCGAGCACGCGGUCGAGCAAGCCGAAACCCUUUUCCGGGAGAUCUUUCCGGGUAAAGACUUCUGCCCGCCACCUCCCAAUCCAGAAGACAUUGUGUAUGAUGGUGAUGAUAAGCAACCAGAGGCUUCCGGAGCCAAUAAUGUAUUCAUGGCCAAACCAGAGCUCUCUGAAGGAAGCAAGAACAUAGAAAGUCUUCAAAAUUAGAAGAAGGGAAACUGGAAAUGCUACUUUGGACCUUUGUCCUAGCAUCAGAAUAUUCUCAUUUAAAGGACAGUUUCUUACAUGAGUAAUUAGAACUGGUUAUGUGAUGGAUGCUAGGCAGAUGUAGACUUUAAUUCUCUUUGAGACGUUUCAGCCAUUGGGUGUCUUUGUUAACCUAUCAGUAACUGAUUUACUGGUUAUUGCACUGUUCGUUUCAGAGUGUACUCCAUGAUCCAGAAUCCUAAACAGAGUUAGCUUUAUUUUAGUAUUGGGUGUUAAUGUGAGGGUUCCAUAUUAGCAACUGUGCUUAAAGGAAGGUGGUAUUGUAUAUGCUAAUGAUCUCCAGGUGUUAUUGUCUACAAUGACAGUGUCUAAGGAAUAUUUUACUUUGCAGCUAUUACGGUUGCUACCACCUCUGAGUAAAACUCAUAUACAGUAGAUUAUGGGGUCUCUUAUAUAUAAUAUAAAUAUAUACACAGUAGCAAUAGCAACUAAUGCAAGUGCCAAUAUAAAAUACAUUUGUCUAAUUAAAAAGUUAGCUUUGCAUGAUCCUGUAUUUGUGAAGGUCUCAUGUUUACAAUCUGUCUUACUGUUGAAUUCUCCUACUUGACCUUUGUACCCCAUGUGGCAGCAUCGCCACCACACUCUUCUACAUCUGAAAAAGUGCCCCAGCGGUCACUUGCUGAAGAGCUCACCCGUGGGAGGUUCGGUCCAAAGACAGUCUAGGGGAUAAGAUUAGUUCUGCUUUAAUACUUCAGAAAAUUUCUGCAGAACCCUGCUCUGGCACCUAAAAGAAAAGAAUGUCUAAACAGUAACUGAGGCCAAAAGAAGAAAUAAAUUGCCCCAGGAAAAAGAUACUUCAGCAUGGCUGUUCUGAGAUUCCCAAGGAGAAACCAAGGGAGUCCGGUUUAAUCUGUAGUUGACUCUGAGCUUUCUCAGUGAGGGCGAACCUUCCUCCUUGCUGGCUCUGCCUCUGCAGUGAGCGGCACCAACUACAACUGACAGAAGUGAAUCUAAGAAGGACCUGCUUACCAUAUCCCUUCUGAUGUGCCCCAUCCCACACACCCCAUAAUCGUUUCUGCCUCUUGGCUGUUAUCUGUGCAGAGGAAGGAAAUAUAUAACUUUUCCAGAACCGCCGGCAGUGAUAAAGGUGAUGUUACUGCAGCGGUGAAAGCCCCGAGCUGUCGGGGGAGGUAGAGGUCCUUCCCUGUUAGUCCCGUUUGCAUCCCUCCGUGGGAGAGUGGUGGUCCUCUAGGGGUAGGGCCCACAGUCCCGGUUUUUUGUUCUGCAUGUGGGCUUUCCCUAUGACCUGGGCACUGACCCCGCUCUCCCAUUAACGUGUCUCAACCCCGAGAGGCAGAAGUUACUGAAUACAUUUUCAAAGACGAAAUAAAGACUUAAUUCAUAAUUUGCUCAGAGUCUGGCGUGGGGAAGAGCCAGCAUCGGAAUCCAUGCUUUCAUGAUCUCAGUCUUCCGCCUAACGUCACCUGUCAGAGGAGUGCAGCACUGUGGUGGGAAAAUGCCCAUGACGUCAGUCUAGUGUUGCUGGUGAAGAGAGGCUGGUAGAAAUUGGUCUCUCAGCUUGUUACUGAAGCAGAGAAAGGUGAAGAUUGAGGAAGCCCUGGCCGGUGCGGCUCAGUUGGUUGGAGCGUCUGCAACCCAAAAGGCUGAGGGUUCUAUCCAGGUUGCGGCGCAUAUAAGAAGCAACUGAUUGAUGUUUCUCUCUCUCGCUUCCUCUCUAAAAUCAAUAAACAUAGUUUUUAAAAAGAAAUUUAAAAUGUAGCUUAGAGCUGAGUACCUAAAUUGAAACAAUUUGGCUAAGUUGUAACAAAAUAAUGCUUCUUAAUGUAUCUUUUGAUCUGAACACGGUAGCAUAAAAAAUAUAGAUGUACUAAGCCAAAAUAUGCUCUAAAUAGUCUUGCUGCUCUUCUGUAUAUGAGGAAAAUUAAAUAAAGACUUAAGUAAUUUACACCUUAUCGGAAGUAGAGAAGCCAUACUUUAGUAUUAAUAUUUUAUAUGUUUUUAAAAAUAUAACAAAGUGGGGUUAUUGGGUGGAUCCUAAAGUUUAAGCUUCAGCCAAAAUGCCUGAAAUAGACCUAAAAAUUAGUCAUUAAAAUGAAGAAGAACUUAAGAUGACAAAAUGUAGGUGAAAGUAACCCAGACCCACUGAAACAAUUUUCAGUAUGAAUAUUAUAAGAAUUGAGAAAAGAAGCCAUGAGAAGCUGCAAAAAUGCUAGAGCUGGGCAUAAUAGAAACAAAAUAAAGUGUUAAACUAGUCCAAAAUAAGGGUGGUUUAAAAAACUACUUGAAUGCAAAUAAAUCAAAUGAGAAAAGUUAUAACCAAUAAAAGCCUUAAAAAUUAGGGGAUAUUGUAAGCUAGUAUAAUUUUCUGAUGAGUUAGAAUCUUACCUUAAUGAGCUUAUUGUAUUUUUUCAAAUAUUCAAGGGAUAAAUAACACAUUUAUAUGUCAUUAAGUAUGAUAUGCCAAUCCUUGAGGUAAAUAUGGCCUUAAUACUAGAAGUCAUACAUUUUGAAAAGGGUCUCAUUCUGAACAGAUGCAGAAUGGAACACACAGUCAAAUAAUAUACAAAUAAAAUGCAGGCAGACCUCAUUUUAUUGCACUUUGCUUUAGGCACUUUGUAGAUCUACUUUUUUUCACAAAUUGAAAGGAAGACCCUCCAUCAGCAAAAAGAUGAGGACUUGCAUUUUUUAGCAAUUAAAUGCUUUUUUAGACAUAAUGUGCAUGCUUAAUGGACUGCAGUAUAGGGUAAACAUAACUUUUAUAUGCACCGGGAAACCAAAACAUGCGUGUGACUUCACUUUACUGGAAUAUUCGCUUUAUUGUGUAACUGGACCCACAAUAUUUCUGAGGUAUGCCUGUAAUUAUUUCCUACGACUCAGGAUUAUAAAGCCAAUGUUCAACAGAGCAAAAUAGCAAAAAAUUCAAACUACAGAUAACUUUAAAAAUCUGAAUAACAUCAUUCAUCUUGAUUUAAUUAUCUCUGGUAAGGAUUUUACUGGUUCCUCAUAGUGUGAUAAAUAACUUCUUAAAACCAAGAACUAACAUCAUCCGAUUAGGCACAUAUAUAGAAAACAUUUCCCAAUCAGAAAUCAAACAACCUUGACACCACUUUUAUUUAUAUAUGCUUGAAGGAGCUCGUUGGAAUAAAAUCUUAACGAGCAUUCACAAAGUGGGGAAGAUGCGGGAAGAAAGCGGCACAAAUGUUUUCUAUAACAUGGUUUUGUAACUAGUGAAACCUAUGCUAUAGAAACAUACAGUAGAAGACUAACUCAGGAAGUUGCAGAAUAUACAGUCUUUAAAAAAUUAAUUUCAUUUCUAGAUUGCCUCAGUGACAAGCUCAAAUUUAAAAAGUGUUCUACAGCAACAUUGGGGUAAAUUAAGAAAGAUGCUUAUGCAGAAGUCGGCUGAAGGAACUCCAUCCUCAUAUAUGGAAAAGAAGGAAAUGGGCGGUCGGAAAACCACAAUCAGAGUCAUCACUUCACACCUUACCAGUUGUAUAGUCUUGGGAGAGUCACUCCUAGCUUCUAUUGCAUCAUCUGUAAAAUACAAAUAAUACUUGGCAGCAUUAUUCUGAGGAUGAAAUUAAUGUGCAUGAAAUGUCCAAAGGAAUGGGAAUGGGUGAUGUCAGCAUGGAAAUUUACUAUACUGCCACUUAACAUUCCAGCUAGAUGUUUUUAGAAGAUAAUUUGUGGGAAUUGUGAUAAAUUAUUUAGGAACAUAAGCAAGGAAAGAUAUGUCUUUUUAACUUAGGGGGGAAAUGGGAGUCAUACCUCAAAUCCUCAAAAUGUGCUAUUAAGCAAAUUUCUAAAUGUACUAAGUUGAAAGUUUAAACUAAGACUAAUAAGGCAGCUGGAAAGAAAUAAAUACAUAAUAACUGCCAGUGGAAAGACUAGCUGGAUGUCAGUAUGAAAAAAGAAAUUUUAGACCCAAAUUAUAUCAUAACAAUUCAUUCCACAUGAAUUAAAAUGUUAAGUAUCGAGUUAGAAAUAAAAACACUACCAUUCUCAUUCCAAUAAGGAUACAAAGGAAACGUUAUGGCAAUGGAAAUCAUUAGGUAGGUAGGUAAGGUUAAAAGAGAAAAAUUAAAAAUAUAAAUACUAAAAACAUGAGAGUGGAUUUAAAAAAGCUACUUACAUUAUAUAUGGAUUAAGUAUUUAAUAUUUUUUAAAAGGGAGAUGCAAAUCCAUAAAAUUUUCUCCUUUCCACUAGGCAAAUUUAUUAAAAGGAUAAGGGCAAAUGAGAAAAUACACAUAAAAAUAAAUUCUUAAAUGAUAUUCAGAUUUCCUAAUAUUAAAAAUGCAAUUUGAAACAACUUCGACCUAGUUCAUGCUAAUACCAAAAAUUUUUCAACUACAUCUUUCCUCAUUCCAGUGGCAUUGUCAUAUUAGUAGUGUUUUUUAAAGAACUAUUUAGAAAAUUAUAAUAAGAGCUCUAAAACCAAUCUAUCUUUUGAUAGGUCUAACUCACUUUGAGAAGCAUAUAUCCAGGAAGAUAAAAGAAAAAAACUACUUUUAUGAUGAUAUUUCUAGUAAUUCCAUUCAUUCCAGUUUUUUUUAAAAAGACCAAUAAUUGACAAAUGUAUAAAUAACAUUUUGUGUAUUGCUAUUGCUGUCAAAAACUGUUAUGUAGCCAUUAAAUAAUAUUCAUAUAUGGAAAAUUAUUUAGAAGAAUGUUAAUGAGACUCAAAGUGUUGGAACAUAAGUUAUUAUAUUUACUGUUUAUAUUUAUGUACACGGAAAAGAAUCUGGAGAGAAUGUUAUUAAUUGGAAUUUAACAUUAUGGGGUUCUUUUUUUCUGUAAAAUACUGAUAUAUGCAAUGAAAAAUAAAAGAU